AUGGCCAGCAACGACUACUACAACCAGGGUGGCAACUACAACAACCAAAACUAUGGCCCUCCUCAAGGCGGUUACCCUCAGCACCCCCAAGCUGCCUACGGUCCCCCUCAAGGAGGCUACCAGCAGCAGGGCGGCUACUAUCCCCAAGGCGGCCAGCCGCCCAUGCAGUACCAGCAACAGCCUCCCAUGCAGGCGCCCCGGCAGAAGAAGCAGGGCGGUGGAAACUGCUUGACGGCCUGUCUCGCCGCUCUGUGCUGUUGCUGCGUCAUUGACGAGACGUGCGAAUGCUGCGCAGAAUGGUGA